AUGAUGCAUUACGGUCACGCCAACGCGCUUCGACAGGCCAAGGCGCUAGGCGACGAGCUCGUGGUUGGAGUCGUUUCAGACGAGGAGAUUCUCUUGAAUAAGGGCCCUCCCGUCGUGUCGCUUGAAGACAGAGUGCGCAUGGUGCGGGAGGUGAAGUGGGUGGACGAGGUCGUAGUGGGCACGCCGUACUGCAUUACGCCCGCCUUCAUGCACCGCCUCUUCACGCACCACCGCGUCGACUUCAUCAUUCACGGCGACGACCCCUGCCUGCUGCCCGACGGCUCCGACGCGUACGCGGAGGCCAAGCAGGCGGGGCGCUACCUGGAGGUGCGGCGCACGGAGGGGAUUUCGAGUACGGAUAUCGUCGGCCGCAUGCUGCUCUGCGUGGGCAGCCGCACGGCCGCCACGGAGGCCCAGCAGCAGCAGUCGCUGGAGCGCGAGUUUGCUCACACGGGUUCGCCGUCGCCCUCGGAGCAAUGUAAACGCUCUGGAUCGCCCCAUGCAGGGUCGCCACGCAUUGGAUCGCCGUCGCUUCCGCCUCGACCUUCGUCUCCGCUCCCACCCCCAGCCGUCCUCUCCGCCUCCCCCGUUCCAUGCUCGCCCCUGCGACCCUCUCUCCUUCCGUCCUCCUCCCCUUCCCACGCACCAUCUACUGAAGCCGCCCGCGUCGUCACCUGCGCAAGCCCCUGGCGCUCCCUCCCUCCACCGCGACUCUCCCCCCUCCUCCCCAACCUACCCGUCCCGCUCCCCCGCGCCCCUCCCCGCGCGCUCCCCGCUUUCACUAGCGCCAGCGCUGCCGUCGUCUCCGUCCGCCGCAUCUCUUCCCUCCUCCGCCUCCUCCGGCUCCCUCUGGCCACUCUCCGCCUCCCCCUCCUCCUCCGCCGCCUCCUCCCCACUGCUCCCCCCGUCCCUCGCGCCCCUCGCCUCCGCGCGGGUGUCGCGCUUCCUUCCCGCCACCUCCACCGUCCUCGAGCUCCACAGCCAGCAGCCGCGCAGCAUAGACCCGUCAGCGCGCGUGGUGUACAUCGAUGGGGCGUUCGACGUCUUCCACAGCGGCCACGUGCAGACGCUACGAGCAGCGAAGGAGCUGGGCACCUUGUUGCUGGUGGGCGUGCACACGACGCCACGGUGCGGGCGAACCGGGGGCAGCACCACCCCAUCAUGGGCAUGCACGAGCGCUGCCUCUCUCUGCUCGCCUGCCGCAGCGUCGACGAGGUUGUGCUGGACGCCCCCUGGGUCGUCUCGGACCAACUGAUAGCAGCGUACAACAUCUCCCUCGUCGUGCACGGCACUGUCGCUGAGUCCAACCCACUCUGCCAGGGCCACGGCUCAUGUACCCCUUGCCUAUUGCCCACGGCUCAUGCACCCCAUGCCUAUUGCCCACAGCACAUGCACCCCAUGCCUCCCGUUGAGCUCCCCGUUAUGCCACAUGCCAAAGUCCGUCUGCUCCAACCACAACUUCCACUACGGCCACCACCACUUGUGCUCUGUGUGCUACCUCUCCCCCCCACGCUGCUACCUCUCUCCCCAUCCUCUCACAUCGCUGCUCUCUCUCCUUCUCCCCACUCUGCAUCGCUGCUGCAGCGCCGGCAUGCGAAGAAGGCAGGGAGUGAGCGUGAAUACAUGGAAGCCAAGAGAGCCCGAGCAGCGGUUGCCUCGUAA